AAAUAAAUAACCUUAUCGAAAUUGGGUUUAUAAAUCUUCCUACAGACAAUCUUGUCUAUGUUAUUUACAGUAGGUGCCAUGGCAACAGUUACCAUAGUUUCGGAAUGACGUGCGCUGGGAUUGUCCAACGUUGUCCAAUGUUGUACCUGUGUGAUCUAUAUUAUCCCCUGUAAAGUGUUUAUUUUUGUUUACUAUUUACACUGCUGUUUACUCGUUCUAUGCCUCCAGCGCUCUACAAUGCAUUGGACUUGUUUCCAGGCCCGUGAUAAUUUUCUUAUGCGCAUUUUUCACCGCGGUUAAAUUAAUAAAUUUUAAAAUUUACGUUUGUUUUUGGAAUUUUACUCAACCAUGUUAGAAGAUCUGGUCAGUGGAAAAGAAAGAAGUAGAUUUAUUCUUGUGCAUGAUAGUAUCAAUCAUAGAGGCAACUGCAUAUUGAAUUACAUUACACAAGGAUUACUUAAAAGACUGGACAUCAUUAUUUUGUUUCAGCUUGAUAGACACUUACUUAACUUCAAUGAUAACAGGUUAUAUGUGUAUGAUGGAUAUAUGGAUCCUUUGAAAUGGAUUACUGGGAGAUCUGGAACAACAGGAAUUUCAGAAUCAAUUUCCAAACCAUUUUUCUUGAAGAAUAUUGUGUCAAAACACAUUCAGAAUGAUGAAAGGUUUACCAGUUUAUUAUCAGAUAAGCUAAAUAAAGUUGGUAUUAUCAUUUAUUCACUUACCAAUGUGAUUGCACAUCAAGAUGUGAAUGCUCUUUGCAGAGAUUUGUUUGAAGUGAUCAAUUUUCAUACAAAAACAUUUGAAGUAAGUCAAACUGUGGCUCUAGUGCACUCAGACGUACAUGAUGAAAACACCCUGUUUCCUUUGAAUUACAUUGCUUCUACCAUCAUUGAACUUAAAAACCAUGUGGAUAAAAAAGAUUGUGCAGGUCAUUUUGUAACUAUUACACAUUGCAAAAACAGUGGAAAAUUGCAUAGAAAGAGAGAAGCAUACCAAAUUGAUAGUGAAUGCCAUGUUAAUGUAAUCCCAAUUGAAGACAACGAUACUGGGCAAGAACCUGCUGCACUUUCAGAAAUUGUGGACAUUUCAUCAAAUUUGACAUUCAAACUGAGUUUGACAGAAGAACAAAAGCAAGCAAGGGCUCAGCUACAGCUUCCUUAUUUGCUGGAUGACAGAACAAAAAAAACACAGUUGGAUUUAGGGAAAAAAAGCCAAAUUUUUUAUCAAGCAGAUGAGGUAGAUGACUUGGAUGAAGAAGACCCAGAUGAUGACUUGAAUAUUUGAUACAAUGUACAAUAUGGAUGUCAAAAAGAUAAUGGGUCAACAUCAAGAAAUAUAAACACAUCGGAAAACGACAUCAGUUGAUGAAUGAAGACACUCACUCUGCAGUCUGGAUUAUUGACUUUAAUGACGAAGGUGUUUUUGUCGAAACGUAAGAGUUUUCUAUCCAUCAGUAGAUUUAAGAUAGUAUAUCUAUGAAACUAUCCGAUUAGACAUACCAAGCUUUUUUUAAGAACCUGCGCAGACUGUCACUGGCUACCUGACGUAUGAGAUAAUACCCUAGUCCUAGUCAUAGACAUAGAGCCUAAAGGCAUUUUCAGGAAAAGCACAUGCAAUCUUAGUUAGUCUUCCUAAUCAAUUGGAGUACACUUUGUUUCGACAGUCCCAUGAAAAUCAACAAUAAUAUACCUGCCAACUAUAAAUGUGUAAUUUAAUAAAAUCAUCUUGUCAUUCUUAUAUAAACAAUGAUAAUGCUACCUUUACGUAGAGUUUGUGGCUACAACAUCUAGAGGAGCUAAUAAAAUCACUUACCAUCAUCG